CAAUGCAAUUUAAUAAUAAUUUAUUUCCGGAUGUUUCAAUUGAUAAAGCUUCAAAAAUUAAUUUUAUGCUUGUUGGUGUUUCAAUUGCUGGGACUUGGUUUGUUAUUUACCUUCAUGAAUUAGUUACUCGUUCUCCGAAGCCGUUGAUUAAAAGAUUCAAAGCUUCUUGUUUCUCAAUUUUACGUAAAUUUGUUCCAAGCAUUAACAAACAAAUUGAAGAAGCUUUAAAUAAAACAAAAGAAGAACUUAUACAUUCAAUUCAUCAAUAUGAUAAAGGUUUAGAUUUUAUUAGAGAAAUGCCUUUAAAAGCAAUAAAUCAUGAAUCUAUACUUAAACGAAUUGAAUAUUAUCAAGAAAUGGAAGGAACUUUUGAUUAUAUUAAGGGAAGAGUUUCUGGAACAGUUUACACAAAUAUUGAUCCAUCUCAUAUGGCGAUUCUUGGAGAAGUUUUUCACAAAUUUGCUUAUUCAAAUCCUUUACAUCCAGAUGUCUUCCCAGCGGUCCGUAAAAUGGAAGCAGAAAUUAUUAAAAUCGUGGCGUCUUUGUUUCAUGGUCCUGAAGAUGCUGUUGGAACGGUAACAACGGGAGGAACUGAAUCAAUUAUUUUGGCUUGUUUAGCUGCCAGAAAUUUUGCUUUUUCAAAAGGAAUUGGUGAUCCAAUAAUUAUAGUUCCUGUAACAGCUCAUGCAGCUUUUGACAAAGCUUGUUCUCUACUGCAAAUUGGAAUCAAACACAUUCCUUGUGAUCCAAUUACUAUGCGGGUUGAUUUAAAAGCGAUGAAACGUGCAAUAAAUAGAAAAACUUGUUUGUUAGUUGGAUCUGCUCCAAAUUUUCCUUAUGGCACUAUAGACGAUAUUCCUUCAAUUGCUCAAUUUGGUUUGGACUAUUCUAUACCCGUACAUGUUGAUGCUUGUCUUGGAGGUUUUGUAAUUGCAUUCUCACAAGAUUCUCCAGCAUUGUCACACAUUCCAAUUUUUGAUUUUCGUCUUCCUGGAGUUACUUCAAUUUCUUGUGAUACACACAAGUAUGGCUAUGCACCUAAAGGAACUUCAACAAUAAUAUAUCGUUCAACAGAGCUUUUGCAUCAUCAAUACUUUGCUGUAACAGAGUGGCCUGGUGGAAUUUAUGCAACUCCUACUUUGCCUGGAAGUCGUGCUGGAUUAAAUAUUGCAUUAACUUGGUCAACCUUAUUAUAUUUUGGACGUCAAGGUUAUAUUGAAAGGGCAAAUUUAAUUGCAACGAGAACUGCACAAUUAGCAGAUGGUUUAUAUAAGAUUCCUGGAUUAUUUAUUGUUGGAAAACCAGACGUUUCUGUAGUUAGUUUUUUUUUGAUUUUUUAA